AUGCGAAGUAGAGAGCAGCUACGUGAAAAGCCGUUUCACGUGUACUUAUCCGCGUUGCAAGGACAGAUACGAGCCGAAAAUAAUCAAGGGUAACACCGAGAAUAUUUCGCAUCAUAAAUCAGGCGAUUGGAGGAACGAUAAAGAUACACUUGAGCACUCUCUGCCAAGGAAAUUGAUACACGAACCUGAGGGUUCUGAUUUGAAAUUAAAGAAGCUGUACAGUAUCUCUGAUCUCGAUGAAUCGCACAGGAGGUGUCGAUACCACUUCGUUUCUGAAAAUAAUAUUUCUACGAGCUCGAUGGAAGAUGCCUGGAACAAAAGUCACAGCGAGAAUUCCAAAGAAACCGACGGAGCAAGUUAUUUGCAACGUAUUCGGGAUUGUUUGGCUGCUUAUCAAGAGUCCAACGGCGUUCCGAACACGGAAUAUUCAUUCGCGACGCUUAUCAAAGCAUUGGGUCAAGCCACUAGUCAGUCCCUCCUCGCUCUCUUAUACGUGAUAUUGAACAUUAUACCCGUCGCACAGGUAUUCCUUUUCGUGCUACGAUUCAUUUUGGACAAAAUGAUCAGCAUAAGGGACAGCAAAGACUUUCGGCAGAUGAUGAUCCGAAGCUUCGUAUUCUUGACGGAACUGUUCAGCGUGUACAUCUGUCUAUUUUUUAUAUUCGGAUUUAUCAUUUUACCAAUCGUGCAGGUGGUAAUUGGCAUAAUUGUAGAGAUCAUGCUCUACUAUUAAUUUCAAUUGCGCCACCGCCGAGUUAAAUUCCGAGCGGUCAUUGUUACGUGGAAUCGGUGCAAUCGUGAACUGUUGUAGAGGUAUAGGAAUUAUUAUUCGAUUUUUAUAGCGUUUUUUGGAGUUUUGUACGUUUUUCUUUU